CAGUGUAGCGCUGGCAAUGUGACUGAUAGAAUAACGGGAUGGGUGAGAUACACAAGUUUUAUCGGAGUUACAACUGUUUUAGUAGCUUUGUUUGUGUUGCUUUGACUACCUGGAUUUUAUUCUUAAACGGGUGCGCAAAUGGAAAUGUCAGGAGAAUAUGCCAAGACAGCUGCAAAAGUAGUUUGGAGAUGAAUACAGUGGAGUCUGAUUGGGGAUGUGACAUUGAGAGGAAACUGUUCGUGUGCUCUGAUGUGUGUAGUCAGUGGAACUAUACAUCCCUCCAAGACUGUUUCAGCAGAUGUGGCUCCAGUUACAGUCUGUUGUGUGAGGUGCAGUUCUGCAGAGUUGGCUGUGAAAAUAUCCUUGAGAACAAUGAUUGUAGCAAAUCAGAAACCAGGAGUGUCUCUCAGCAGCCUGUGGCAAGCAGUGUAGGCGCUACAUACAUGACCCUGAAAUGGAAGACAGGAAACUCCAGUGAUCGUCUCUAUGUGAUACAAUGGAGAUACACAGAGAUCCCUGGAGACUGGAGCAGUACAGGGCCGAUGAGAGGCUCCAUGUACAAUGUGACAGACCUUCACCCGUACACAGAGUAUGUCUUUAGAGUGGGGUGGCUGGGCUCACACAGCUUCUGCACACUCUCCCUGGACAGCAGGCCAUACAGAACUGCAGCGGCCGGUGUGCCCUCCUCUCCCCCGGAGGUCUCCUCUCUGGACAGCCCCAGCCCCAGCUCUGUGUUUGUCAGGUGGAUGCCCCCCUUGUUCCCCGGUGGUCCCGUGACUGGGUACCUGCUCCAGCUCAGGAAUGACAAGGAGAGCUUCUACAGAGAAGUCAACGGGCAGCGACAAAACUACUCCUUCCACUUCACAAAACCAGCCACCACAUACAGGUUUUCAGUCGCGGCACGGAACAGGGAAGGUGUCGGACCAGCUGCUCUUUCUAAUAUAACCACUGUGGCACAGCCAGAGCAGAGUCUCCACCCCACCCUGUGGCUGUCACAGCGCUCUGUUAUGUACAGAAGUGACCCUGGGAACCUGGAAGAUGUUGCUUGUGUUAAAGCUGAUUGGAUCACUCACAACAUCACAGGUAUAUCCGCUGUCCUGCAUGGAGAUGAGCUGUUCAUUUCAGAUUCUGUGGGUAUCUGGGGUGUGUCUCCUGAGAACCUGGACAACCCUCAUCUGAUUCAUCAGAGCCCUCAAGACCCCAUCAGUGACAUAUCCAUAGACUGGCUCUACAGAAAACUGUACUUCGUGGUCAAUCAACAGAUUAUGUUGUGUGAUCUCACAGACUGUUCUGCAAAGGUAGUCGCUAUCCUUCCACAACCUCCUUUUGAAAUCAUUGCAGAUCCCCUGAACGGAUAUCUGUUCAUUGGUCUAGCAGACGGUAUAUACUGCAUGGAUCUUCCAUUACAAGGCACCCUAUCUCCCGAGGUAAACCCAUUGAAACCAGUGGUAAAGGACACAACGCUGCUCGCCUUCCAAACUGACCCAGCUUUCAAAAGGCUGCUGUAUCUGAACGGCACAAGAGGAGUGAUCCAUUCUGUCUUCUUGGACGGGACUGGGCUGGUCACAGAGCCCAGGCUGAUGAACACUGAGUCCGGCGCAGUGACAGCGAUAGCGUAUGGAGCAGGUGCUUUAACUGUGACUGACGGAAGGAAGGUGUUCACUGAAGAGCUGCACGAGUCUGGCUCGACGUUGAUCGAGGUGUCUGUGGAUUUGUGUGAUGGAAGUCAGGAUUCAGAUUUUGACACCUUGUUUCUGUGGGAUUUGGUAACACAGCCUAUACCUGUUCCACAACACCAGCCUAGGGACUUGCAAGUCCUUCUGGGAAGUGGAUCAGCAGCCUUACAGUGGGGAAAACCAAUGAGGGGAAGCAAAGUAGGUCCCAGUGCGUGGGAGCAGUGGCAGUAUGAUGUGCAGGUUGGAGGUGAUGAUGGCAGCAGCAGGGUCUUUACUGGGAUCAAUUCCACAAGCCUGGUUGUAGAGAACUUGAAGAGCUUUGGACUGUAUAGCUUCAGGGUGCGGGCCAGGUCUGCGGGCGGGGAGGGGCCCUGGACUGCACUCUUCAGAGGAACCACACUGCAUUCAGGUGAACCCCCUCAUUUUCUGGCUGGAGGCAUCAAUGGAACUUGGAAAAUACAUUUAGACAGAUUUGUCUAUGAAAUGAUUCUGCCUCCAAUUCAGAAUGCUAUAGAUUUUGACUGGAUUAAUGGCUCUCUCUACUGGGUGAACGCAAGUGGUGUCGCUCAUGUUACCAGAAUGCAUGGUUCUGAUUCAAAGACUGUUGUACUGCAUGGUGUCCAGGAGGUGGCAGCACUGGCUGUAGAUUGGAUUGGCAACACUCUGUACUGGGCAGACAGGAAGACCAACUGGGUGUUGAGGAGGUCUGUGGUUGGCAGCCUGACUGAGAAUGUGGCGCUGGCUGCCGGCAGGGUUAUUGACCUGCAGCUGGACCCCCUGGCAGGCUUUGUGUAUUGGAUCACAGCUCACACAGUGGAGGGUGCUCAUCUGAAUGGGGACCGCCCCGACGUCCUGCUGGAGCUGCCCAGCUUCUCUGGUAAACAGAUCAUGGGUUUAUCUGUGGACUUUGACCACAGAGUGUUCUACUGGGUGACACAGGACAGCAAUACCUUUGAGAUCUAUCAAGCGGAUCUAUUGCACACUGGGCAGAGUAGCAGCGUGAAUCCUGUGAAGAUCUUCUCCUCAGCUAGCAUGCGCAUCUCCAGGCCUGCUUUGCAGUACUGCUGCGGCAGGCUGGUCUGGAUCAAUCAGGAGGGAUCACUGCAGCUCAUGGAAGUGGGGUUGAAGCAGGGCCUCGUUGUCUCUCCUGCGGUGAGGGUCUCCGCUUUCACGGUGGUGCAGCAGAAGCCUCUGCCAGCUGGUUCCUCUGCCCCUCUGCAAGUUAUUCCCACACCUGUUCCAGAAUCCUCUUUUCAAAUAAAUGGAAACACUUCGGAGUUGUGUGUGUCCUGGGAAAAGUCUGGAAACGUGAACCACGGAAAUGUGAGCUACCUGUUUGAAUCCCGAACACUUGCUGUGUUUAAGGAACUCAGUGUACCUUUCUACUGUCUGAGGGACCUGACACCUUUCCUAGAAUUUGAUGUAAUUGUGAAGCCAUACACCUACUGGGGAUCUGCAGCUAAAACAGCUGCCUCCCUCCGUACCCCAGAAGCUGCACCCUCUGCUCCAGUCAGUGCCAGGGUGUUUGUGAGUCAGUGGCCAUGCUUCCCUGCAAACAUAGCAGAGACGGAGGUGGAGUUUCGAUGGGGCCCUCCCACUCAGCCCAACGGGGUCGUGAGGGGCUACAGCCUGUACUACAGCACUGGGAACUGUUCACAGGGAGGCCUUGAUAUCCAAAAGGCCUCCUCACAAACUCUACCAGCUAGUGGCACCAGCUUCAGCAUUAAACACACCGGAGCAAACCUGCAAUGGCACUAUUGCUUUCAGGUAUCUGCCUUUACAAGUGCUGGCUUUGGUGAGAGAACAGGUGUUGUGAUGGCAAGUGCAGCAGGGUCGGCACCAGCUCCCUACCUGCUGGCUGUGAGAGAUGGCCGUGCUCACCUGCUGGAUGUGGACACUGAUCAGACAGUGCUGACGCUGCCUGUGUCGGCUGUCAUUGACCUGGGCUACAUGGUACAGUCACGGCAGCUGUUUUACUUGACUGAGAAUUCAAUUGUGAGCACUGGACUGGACGGAGGCAAUAAAACCCAGCUGACUGACAGGAGCCUGCCUGGGGUUCCUAGAGCUCUCGCAGUGGACUGGAUGGGGAGAAGGCUGUACGUGCUAUCAGGGGAUCCAGACAGUUCAGACAGUACCAUAUACCUGCUGGAUCUCGAGCAACAGGACAGGAAGCUACACAAACUGCUUCACAUCAGCAAGGAGAUCUGUUCCUUCUCAGUGUACCCCAAGGAAAGCCUCUUGCUGUGGACACAGGGCUGCUCUGGGAACUCUUCUCUACAGGCGUACAGUUUAGUGGACAGGACGAUUCGAACGCUGCUUGGCCCCGGGUCAGAGAGCCCUGCACCGCCUUGCACCUGUCCCAAGGCCGGAGCCCUGCUGACCGGCGGCCUGGCUGUGGACACUGCAGGCUCGGGGGGCGGCACGCUCUUCUUCACCACACGAGACUGGUCAGUCUGGGGGGCCGAUAUCACAGGUUGCAGGUGCUGGAAAGCUUUGAACUCCACUGGGGCUGAAGAUCUCAGGACCACCACCCUGGCUGUGGAUUCAGUGGCACUGUAUUGGGUGAAUGAAGUUUCCGGCCAGGUGGUUAUUCACAGAGCUGACAAGACAUCAGGCCGGCCUCUGUCUGAACUGUAUCGGCUCAAGCCUGUCAGCGUGAGGGUGUAUGAUGGGGCAGCACAGGUUUAUCCAGACCCUGAGUGUUUGGUACCCCUGCCUUACCGGAAUGUGGUGCAGGUUCUAAAUAGAACGGACAGCAGCCUGACUCUAAACAUCCCACCAGUGGAGUUUCCAGCACACUGCAGGCAGGUCAGCAAGCCCACCCUCACCUACAUCAUUCACUAUGCUGAGCUGCAGGACAGCGAGUCGAAUGCAACCUGUGUCUGGGGACUGCAGUGCUUUAAACAGGAGGUUCAGUCUAACAAGAUAGAAAUCGAAGGCCUGCACCCGUAUACAAGGUAUCUUCUACAGAUCUCAGUGAGAAGCUGGUACACAGACCUGUCACAAGAUCUCGGACCGCCUUUUGUGAAUUGGACAGACUUUGGAGUGCCCUCGGCCCCGGUGAGGGUGGAAGCCACUGUCCUGUCAGACAGUAGGGUGCUUGUGUCCUGGCUGCAGCCCCAGGAGCCCAAUGGCCCUCCAGAGGAGCUCCGAUACCAGGUGGAGGUGAAUGGGGACACCUGCUGGCCUAAGGCUCCUGUGAGGGUAGAGCAGACUGGAGAGGCUGCACUGAGCCUGGAGCUGGACAGCCUUCACAGUGGAACGGCAUACACCUUCAAGGUGCUCAGCUUUCCACCAGGGGGGGGAAGUUUCAGCAGGAGCAAGGGGGUUGUUGUCUCCACAUUCUCCAGGCCAAGGCCUCCUGUUCUUGUUGCCGUCCAUAACACCACAUCAGAGAUAGUGUGGCAGCCUCCAGAGAACUCUCCACUACUCACCUACCACUUCCAGAUCUCAGAGGAUCCUGGCAGUGAAGAAUGGGGUGCAGCUGUGUCAAAUUGUUCCACCGGUGUAAAUGUGAGCUGUGUGAUUGAGGAGCUGAGGCCCUACAGGCGGUACGCUCUGAGAACCUGCGCUGUCUACUCCACCAAUGUCUCCAGCACGUCCUCACAGAGCCUGUUUCAGACAGCAGCUGGCAUCCCGGGCCAGUCUGACACCCCCGAUGUCAUUCUGGAGGUGGUUUACUGGGCCGAGGCAGAGGACCAUGGUAGCAACAUCACACACUAUGUCCUGGAAGCCAGAAAUGUAGCGAACGCUUCCUCAGGGCUGGGGGCCAACAGUUCCUCGGAGUGGACGGCUGUCUUCCAGGGCCCGUGUAACUCCAGCUCCCUGCGUUGCUCUUGGAGGAACCGCCAGCUGCGCGGAUCCUUCCAGUUCAGAGUGCUGGCGGUAAACUCUAUUGGCCGAGGGCCUGUGAGCAAACCCAGCAAAGAAUUCACCAUGAAGCUGUACGAGCCCCACGACAGCCUUGUCAUGAUUGUGCUUGGUCCAGUGUGUGCUGUGGUCAUCUUUGCACUCCUCUGCAUAUCCUUAGCAAUAUUUGGACUCAACAGGAAGGCUAAUAAGAAAGGAGACAUUGCAACGUUACAUGUGAACUAUAACCCUGACCUGGAGCUGGCUCAGAUCAGGGGCAUGAACACAGCCGUCAUCCAGACCAAUGUGUGGUACUCCUCCAGCUUCCUGCCAUCCCAACUGGAGCUGGAACUGCUGCCAGUGUUCCCGAGGGAGAAGCUAACUCUCAGAAGCUUCCUCGGCAGCGGGGCCUUCGGGGAGGUGUUUGAAGGCGUGGCCACUGAUAUCCUGGGCCCUGGCAGUGGAGAAGUGAAAGUAGCUGUGAAGACACUGAGGAAAGGUGCCACUGAUUUGGAAAAGGCUGAAUUUCUGAAAGAGGCCCAUUUAAUGAGUCACUUCGACCACCCGCACGUGAUUAAGCUGAUGGGGGUGUGCCUGCAAAAUGAGCCCCAGUACCUGCUGCUGGAGCUGAUGGAGGGGAGAGACCUGCUGAGCUUCCUCCGAGGAGCCCGGGGCACACAGCUUCAAGAUCCUUUGCUGAGCGUUGCAGAUCUCAUUGAUGUUUGUCUGGAUGUUGCAAAAGGCUGCACAUAUUUGGAAAAAAUGCACUAUGUACAUCGGGACCUCGCAGCGAGGAACUGUCUGGUCUCUGUGAAGGAGUAUAGCUGUCCCAGCCGCAAGGUGAAGAUCGGGGAUUUCGGGCUGGCGCGGGACAUCUACAAGAACGAUUACUAUCGCAAGGAGGGCGAGGGGCUGCUCCCUGUGCGCUGGAUGGCCCCCGAGAGCCUCAUCGAUGGGGUCUUCACAAACUUCUCUGAUGUGUGGUCUUUUGGGAUCCUGAUCUGGGAGAUCAUGACUCUGGGGCAGCAGCCGUACCCUGCCCGCACCAACCUGGAGGUCUUACACUUUGUCAGGACUGGAGGCAGGCUGGAGAGGCCAAGCAGCUGCCCUGAUGAUAUACACCAGCUGAUGCUGAAAUGUUGGACGCGAGACCCCCACAAAAGGCCGUCAUUCCGGUACAUUGACAACUGCCUUGAACACCUGAAAAGAAGCUGCAGAGGCCGCCGUGAUGUUGUGGGCUACUACAAUGAUGGAUACAGGGACAAUAACACCUCCCGGGGUAUUGUCAAUCAAGCAUUUGAAGAGAAUGAAAAUGAGGAGGAGAUCCCAGAAGAGACUCUCUCGGUUGGGGCCGUGCUCACGAUGGUAGGAGAUGACCUGCACUAUGUCACCUACCAGCCCUCAGACCCCGGCUCUCAAAGCACAGGCAUCAGCAGCAGUGUCCACGAUGGAGACAACCCAGGGGAGACCCAUCAGAUGGAACAUAAGCCGCACACUGCAACCCCAGGGACAAGAAACAACUCCCUACGCAGAUUGGCCCAAUCCUCUACUCGCUCCUCCUCCAAGUCUGUUACCAAACUGCCCAGCCACAGAGCCAGCCCUGCCCUGAGUGCAGAGGCCAGCCCCGGAGUGGUUUAUACCACCGUGGACUGGAGGGACACGAGGGCUGAUGAGGGAGUGAUGUCUCGCUGCUGACACCACAAACCUAAAACUCAGAUAAACUCAGCUAGAUAUUAGCUGAAAAGUUUGACUACUUGACCUGUUUUAUUUACUUACACAAAUAUGGCCCUAAUAUAAUUCUAAUGUAAUAGGUUCAGUAGUCAAAUGUUGCAACUCCUUUUUUCUUGAAAAACAGCAGCAAACAACUUAAAGAUCUCUCAAGCAGUCUCAAGUUAUUUGUGUUUCUCAGUUUGUUUUCUUCUUUUAAAAAAACAGGAGUUAUGUAAACAGUAAACACUUUGAAAAGUGGCAAUAGAAUUCAACUAGACAAGACUAUCAGUUCAAAUCUUCAUUUGUCUACUUCACUUCUUAAGUUGUAUUAUAAUGAAUUGGAUUGAGGUUGGAAUGAAGUUGUUUUCCGACAGUUUCAAUAAGGAAUUUGUCAGGAACAGAUUAUUGGAAUUCAGUAUGGAAAGAAUAGUUCAGUUCAGAUCUGAUUACAUCUGAAUUCCAGCAAUUUACUGUUAGCAUGUUACUGGAAGAAUCUCUUAGUUGUGACUCGUGGUGAACUGUGAAGUCAAAGACACAGCAGUGUGCGGUUAACUGUGAUCCUAGAUUAGAGCUAGUAGAUCAGUGUUGUGCUUGGAGCAUCAGGAGCUAUGCGUUUAAAUUAUUGUUAUUAGAUGUUUUGAUGACUAAAAUAAGAGUUUGAUAUCAGUGAAUCUGUUCAAGACUGUUGGGCCAUAUUUUCAAAGAAUUGACUCCAGUCUUAAAUUAACUCCUGUUUUGUGAAAGGAGAAAAACUCCUAUUGUAAUGUUAUUGGAGCGCUCAACUUGUUCGUUUCUCAGUUUUGCACAUUACUGUUGAGUUGUCAUCUUUCAAAAACUAGGAGUCAAUUAAAAACUGGAGUAAAUGCUUUGGAAAUAUGGCCCUGGGUGUUUUAACAGUCUAGGAAAUAUUAAUGCACAGUAAACUUUAUUUAAUCCAUCAAAAGCAGACUUUAAACAUUAAACCUAUGUUAAUAGUGGCCAAUAUUUCAUACCUUGAGUUAAACUUUUCACCAAAAUUAAGUAAAAUAUAUAUUUUGUAGUAAAAAGCAGGUCACAAAAUGAAUAUGUGGCUCUGUUUUGCAGGGUGAUGUCUGCAGCAGUGUAGGGGCGCUGCCCUAAGGUUUCCUGAGGGCUCCAGGUGCUGGAGAUAACCACAUUUGUGAACCAGCUCACGUACUGAACACAAACAAAGGAUCAAGGAACUCAUAGUGUACUAAGAGCAGAAUAGAAACCAGAGCGUUUGAGGAGAACAGGUGGAUAAGAGGAAUGUUUUCUAAACAUGUGUGCGCAAGGACGACAACAUAAUCCUAGCGCCUGGUCAGUCCAAUUAGACUAAAUCCUUGUUUUGAGUUUCCAAUCAGUUUGAGCUUUGCAGAAUGUUCUCUAUAUUUAACUAUUACAUGCCCAUUGCCCAUGUAUUACUUUAUUGUCCUACACAUGAAACAUCUCGCUCCCUCUCCCUAUUAGGGGACUAAGCAGCAUUACUUGAUAAGAUAUAAUUUCUGUGGAUUUUUUUGUACUGUUACAGAAAAUAUCACUGAGAAACUAUUAAGAUGCCAGUAUAUUAGCCUGAGAAAUCCCAAGCAGAACUGGAUAUGGAAAAAGUAUGUGUCUGAUAUGGUAGCACACUUGUACUGUGUAUGGUAGCAUCUAUUCCUACAACUGGUAUGUGAAAUACUGUGUGAAAAUGGUAAGAGUAGUGCCUUCAUUUGUUUUUUGAAUGUUUUGGGUGUGCACCCACUUGGAGCUCAAACUCAUUAGAAGCAUGAUGAUCUCCUGUUUAAGGUACAGAUAUUUCAGAGUAUAACGCGCAUCUAUUUACAUAUUUCUGAGGAUGACGAAGAGGUUUGUGCGGAAUGCAUCCAAGCAAGUUAUCUAUAAUUUGUUUUUUAAAUGUGGUGCGUUUCCUGUGAACAGGCAACGACAUGGGAGCUCAUGCACGUUACUGAACUUAUGCACAUUACUGGGCCCUUUGCUGAUGUUUACAAGCAAAGGGUGGGAGUGUUGCAUUACAUUUAAAUUUAGCCUUACUAGUCAUUUCAAAGAGGAUAUUUUUUUAAGCUAUACAUAUCAAAAUCUAAAAAUCUAAGUGCAACGUAGUUGAACCUGAUCUGCUUUUUCAUGCGCUGAGGCAGAGUUAGUAACCUACUGUAUACUGUGUGUUGCUGGGAACGUGUGAUAAACAAACAGGAACAGGAAUGACAGAAAGUGUGUGGAAUGCAUGGGAGCACGUUUUACCUGUGUCUGAAACUUACAGUAUAGGGCGUGCUUAACUUAAGUUGUAUUGCAUUUAUUUUCUGCAGUGAAUAUCUGUCUAGAUGGGCUGCAGCUGUAUCUAUCAAAUUACAUGUAUUACUAGCAGAUUUAAAAACACAGCUCUGUACAGUGAACCCCCACCUUGCUACCAGCUCAAUUGAAAGAGAGGCUCUGCCUCUAUCAGAACGAGCUAUCCGUCAAGAUAGUUUUAGCUGUGACAAAAGGAUUCUACUGCAAUAGCCCAAGCUUGUACAUAUAUGUGUCACAUGAGGCUCUCUGGACUUUAGAUCCAGUGAGCUAAAACAGGGAGGUUAAAUGCACCACACAGUUCAAGUGCAUGUGUCUGCUGUAAUUUAUGGUGUUUCUCAGCAUUUUCUGUUCCAUAACAUAUAGAAUUGUUUCAGUGGUCACUGUGAGCAUUCAAGAAGCCCCUGUUUCUUGUCACCCUGGCACAUGUAAUAGGGCUUCUGGAAGGGGACUGUUGACAUCCACAGGCCGUUUUCUUACCAACUGAAAAAUCAGCAGCACACAUAAACAACCACCACAGGCAGCAGGUGCGCAGAGCUGAACUGCGCACACAAACGCAAUCACUCAAGGCAAAUUGCUUUAUCCUUUCUCAUCUUGCACAGGGUCGUAACCACAGGAGUGCCACUACCUCAGAGUGCAUCUUCAGCCUUUUUUAAUCCACUGCUGAAAGAAGGCCUCCCUAUUUGUGAGAAAUGCACUGUUACAGCAGUACGCUUGCAGUUCAGCUCAGUGUAGGAGGUGAAUGAGAAACUAGGUAAAAAGGUAAAACUUAUUAAAAUAGAUUUAUUGCUACAGACUAUAAACAUAGAUUUGUGGGAAGUUAAAUAAGUGCCACACCCUUUCUUAUUCAUUUAUUUUGGUUUCAGAUCAUACAUUUGUACCAUGUAAGGAGGUCUGUACCUCCAGCCUUAAAGCUGGCCUUCAAGAGUUAGCAGAAUACAUGGUUUUCAGUUUUUUAAUUGAAUGUGUUCACUUUGAUUUUCAAUAAUAACCAUGAUUAACAUGGUUGUCUGACACGUGUGUUUUACAUAUAAAAGGUCUCCCUUCACCAUCUGAGGAAGGAAUGUAAAACUGCAGUUCAGUGUUUACAUGUGGCUGCUUGUUCAAGGUGUCUCUGUUGUAUUGAAAAAAGAAAAAUGAGCAUGAGAUGACCGCUUAGACAGUGAAAGUAGCGUUUUAUUUAGUUUGAAUCAUGUUAAAUGAAAAAGCUAAAUAGAAUAUCAAAUUAUCUCAGACACAUCUCUGUACACUUCACAGGAAAUGUUUGAUUCACUGUGCCUUUUCAUCAGCUAGAGGCAAAUAUCAGGUCUCAAAUUCUCAAAUGAUGGCAGACUAUGAAACUACCAGGAUUCUGCACACAAUGAAAACCAUCGUGUUGUUUGAGUCUGGUGAAGGACAAUCAUUGGAAAAGGUCUAUGGUAAAUCACAGUGGAACUGUAGAACUGUGUUAAACCACUGUGCUAUAAGACCUGAAUGUGUAUGAUUUGAAACUGGAUUACUCGAAACCCAUUUAUUUAAUUUCAGAUCCUUGUCUCAUACCAGUUAGAUCCAGAGGUUUCAACUACCUGAGCAGUUUUGGAGGAUCUGUUUUUAAAGCAUAGUAAAGGCGUAGGACUGUCUAAUACAGCAUAAUGAAUGCAUGGCAAAGGAUACAUAAUUAUUGUAAAACCCUAGAGAGGUAUGGUAAAGCAUAUUAAAAAGUAUGGCAAAUCAUGCUUGACUAUGUUAAUUGCAUUGUUUCACCAUGGGAAAUGUAUGGUAAAACUGCAAAAUUGCUGCACAAAUAUACUGUACUGUGGUAACACUAUAUAAGUGGGGGCAUGUGGUGACAAGACAAUAAAUAUAUAGCAUGUCCAAUAUUGUCUGUAAUAUUGGACAGUGUUUUGACUUAUCAGAGCAAUUAUUAUUAAAACAUCUUUAAUCAUUUUUGUUCAAGGUAAUUAUAUGGGUAUAUUUAUGCUGAGUGAUGACAUAUAUUGUAUACUAUUUAGCUGCAAGAGCUGGUCUUUAAUGCAGCAUAUAAAAAAGAUGAAAACUCUUGCUACUACAUUAACAUAAAGGGCAUAUUAGUCUUGUCAAUCGGACUAGUUAAAAGUAUAAAUAUGUAAUGUAUUCAAUAUGUACUUGUAAUCGUUGAGCACUGUGAGCAAUAGUUCUGCACAGCACUUUGUAAUCUUACAGAUUUAUAAUUUAUAAUGACUUGUAAUUGAAUUUCAUACUGUUAUGUACUUUGUUAAACCUACAGUAUUAACACAACUAAACACUUUAGGUGUUGUGAUGCUUUUAUUAAACCAGUGUGUCAGUUGGA